AUGAAGCUCCUAAUCAAGUCCCUCGCAGGGGGCAACUUCCACCUGGACGCCGAGCUCACCGACACCAUCGGCACCAUCAAGUCCAAGAUCCAAGACGUCCAGGGUCAUGCACCCGAGUUGCAAAAGAUUAUUUUCUCCGGCAAGAUCUUGACCGACGACAAGACGGUGGGCGACUGCAACAUCAAGGAGAAGGAUUUCCUGGUGGUCAUGGUGAGCAAGCCUAAGGCUGCCAAGCCUGCUGCGCCCGCUGCAUCCACCUCGAGCACUCCCGCUGAAAAGCCUGCAGAGGCCGCACCCGCUGCUACCGAGGCGAAACCCGAGCCUGCUGCGAGCACCGACACCACUACCACCGUCGCCGCAUCCACCGACGCACCCGCCACCACUGCGACAACCGAAUCCGCCGCGCCAUCCAGCACGGACGCCGCACCCGGCAACUCGACGAGCUUCCUCACCGGCGGCGCACUCGACUCGGCCAUGUCAUCGAUGAUGGAGAUGGGCUUCGAACGCGAGCAGGUGCAACGCGCCAUGCGAGCCGCGUUCAACAACCCCGAUCGUGCCGUCGAGUACCUCAUGACUGGCAUUCCGGAACACCUUGCCAACCCGCCCGCUGCCCAACAGCCUUCCGCAGGAACCCAACAGACGCCUGCAUCCGCUGGAGCGCCAGCGACGCCCGCUGCGCCUGCGGGGGCUGGUGGAGCGGGGGCGAGGGUGCCGGCUACGCCCGCGACGCCAACGCCCGCCAGUCGUGCCGGAAACCUGUUUGAAGCGGCGGCGGCGGCGUCGGCUCGCCCCACCCCCGCGCGCUCCGCUCCCGGCGCCGGUUUGCUUAGCGGCGGUGACGACGAGAGCGGCGAACAAGUGAUCGACCUGGGCAACCCGGCGAUGCUAGCCCAACUUCAACAGCUCGUCUCCCAAAACCCCGCCGCAUUGCAACCCUUGGUUCAGGCUAUUGCACAAUCCAACCCGCAACUGGCGGAAGCGAUGAACGCCGAUCCGCAGGGCGUGCUCGCCUUGCUCGCCGGUGGCGCUGCCGGCCAGGGCGGCGAAGAAAUGGACCUGCCCACAAUGGAGGAGUUGGAACCCGAGGACCGUCAGGGCGUAGAGCAGAUCGUCGCCAUGGGCAUCCCCGAGGCUAAGGCCAUCGAGAGCUUCUUCAUGUGCGGAAAGAAUGUUGAGAUGGCCGUGCAGUAUUACUUUGAGAACCCGGGGGAUUUUGAUGAUUAG